UAUGAAUAGAUAUUACUGCUAACUUUAAAUUGUAUUAUUACCAUAACCAACCUCAUCAAUUUUUAUUAUUAUUGCUUUAACAUCACUUUUGCUUCUGAUUAUUCACCUAUUUGGUGUGCCAAUCUUUAUUAACUUGUCUUAUGUGUCUAUAUUUUUCUUCGUGUGUCAACUUAUUUUUCAAACCUUCACAAAAAGUCACUUCUCCAUUCUUUGUUGACUAAUUUUUAUCACCUUGUUUACCUCUUUUUUUUCAUUGUUUUACAGCGUGACUACACCCAUUGUCUCUAGUAUUGUUUCCUGUGAUUGAUUACUUGAGAUCUCAAUUAACAAAGACAAUUUUUUCUGCGCUUUGAUUGUUUCUUGUUUUUCAAGUCAACCUGUGAAAGUUUGAGCCACAAUGUCUAAUGAUGACAAAAUUUCCAAGUUGCGAAAGAUCUUUCUGGAAGAAGCAUCUGAAGAGAGUCACCUUUAUGAUCCACAGGAUAUUGACCAGUUGAAAACAGAUGAUUGGUCGGUGGAAAGGUAUCUUCUCCAUUGCAAGGGAAACAUUGAAUCCGCCUUGCCCAUGUUGAGAGAAUCCAUGAGAUGGAGAAAAUCCUUUGGCGUCAACAAUCUCAAAGAAACUGAUUUUCCAAAAGAAUACUAUUUAUCUGGAAGUUUUUUCACAUAUUUACCCGAUCGAAAGGGAAAUGCCAUGGUCUAUAUUAGAGGGAAACUUCACCGUAAAAUAGCUGAAUGGUCUGAAAUACAUAAGAAAUUCUUUGUUUUCAUCAUCAAUAAAUUAGACAAGGAAAUGGGUGGCCAUCGUUAUGCUGCUUUUUGGGAUUGUGAAGGUGCAGGAUUAGCAAACGUUGACACUGAAAUGCUCUCAUUUAUGGUGACCACAAUUUCAUCCUACUUUCCUUAUGGCUUGGAAUAUGUUUUACUUCAUGAACUUCCAUGGGUUCUCAAUGCUAUCUACCAUUUAGCCAAAAGUUGGGUUCCCGAACAUUAUCAAAGACUCGCUGUUUUCGCCAAUCGAAGCAACAUCACUGAUUAUAUUGCCCCUGAAAAUCUUCCCGAUUAUCUGAAUGGAACUUGUACAGUAAAUUAUCGCAACGUACCAGAAGGAGUUCCAACUGCUCGAGAAUGUGAAUUACGCUAUCAGCUGCUUGAAAAUUCAGCCUACAAACUGGAAACCUAUUUAGAGAAUUACUGUCUAGAAUCAUGAUGGGUAGAAAACAAUUAAAGAGAAAAGGAAAAUCAACAAUUUAAAUAAUUUUGUAGAAUCUUAAUAUCUUUGGUAUUAUUUAACUUCAAUCAAAACUCACCCAAAAAGCAGUUCUAAACACAUAAUCAACCUGUUGUGAUCUGAAUGGAUCCCAAUCACAAUGCUUUACUCAAUUAUUCAGGAUCUCUUUUUUAUACUACAAACUGGACUCAAAACAUUCACAAGUGCCUCGAAAAAAAACAGUCAAAUCUAAAUUUCGUUAUCAUGGUAACAUUAAGGUUAACGACUCUUCAAUAUGCUUUCAACUAUCUAUUUUUUUCUGCAUUUUCCUCCAUUUCUCUAUUUUUUCUAUUGAUAUACAAGUUUUUUGUUUAUUUUAAAUAUUUCAUAAUAAGACUGUUUACUGAUGACGCUCACUCUAAUUGUCAACCAUAAACGUUUUUAGACACUAAUCAACUCGUAAUUUAUUCAACUCCAACUAGUACAAAGUAAAUGUAAAUCAAGUAAAGAUGAUGAACAAAAUAACGCGAAGAUAAAUAAAGCUGUGGCGAUCGACU